GACCCUUAUUAUCCCUAUGAGAUUAAGUUUUCCUCUGCAGGCGCUGAGUAUGCACUGGUUGAGCCUUGAAGGGACAGUAAUGACGAUCUUUAAAUCACCUCUCACGGUAGUAAACCAAGUGCUAUAUAAGAAAAACAAUGCCCCCAGUUAAUUUAGAAGUCCUUCUUAAAUAACAUCAACAUUAUCAACACCAUGAAACUCUCUCCGUUGUUUUUGGUUCCCUUCUUGUUCCAGGUAGCCACUGCCGCCAUUAGCAUUACUACUGUCACCACCAGUCUCACCAACCCAUCUCCAUCCAACCUUUGUAAUUCGUAUGUUACUUCUGGUGGUCUGGGUCUGUCUGCCUGGCAAGCUACCGCCGAUUUCUAUGCUGCUUCGACCAAUGACGUUGCCAUCUUAGGAACCGGAGUAAGGAGCUACAAGUACAUCGUGCAGUGGUUCUUCACCUUCGACAACCCGUUAGAUGCCACUGGGUUUGAUAUCAGUACAUUGACUGCCGCUGUUUCUUUGCUCACUACUCUUAAUGUGGUUGUUAACCCUACUCAGGGUGGUUUUAUUCUUUCUUAUAACGACACUGUCACCUAUCCAAUUGUGCUCGGUGUGGAUCUUACAAAUGGGCUCAACUGUUUCAAUUCCUUGAUCGGCUACACUCUGUCAUUUACAGGUGGGCCAAGUCCCCAGACCGUUAUUUUGGGGUCCGCAGCUUUUUGGCUCAACCCAAUCAACGGCUUGACUUGUACUCUCAGUUCAAUCACUUCGAACUGUGUCGCCUUGGGAUACCCAGUUUUCGGUAACUGUAUGACCUGGGGCCAGUGUACGGGCACAACUCCACCUCCUAGCGUUAUAACGGCAACCAUAACUUCUGUUCAGUCCAAUGGGUGUACGGUAGUUGAUAAAGUACUUCAAUCAGCUUACACUUAUAGCACUACGUUCUUUGAGACAAAUACCUAUACGAUUACCCUGACCAGCACGUGGACGUCAGCUACAACUACCAUUCUCUUAAUUCCACGAUAUGGUACCUUCUACUCUACACUCACGAAUACUCAAACCCAAACAGUCACUCAAACUGCGCUAGUUGGUACAGUUUCUACAUCGUUGAUUACCGCUGUUACUCUGUGUCCAAGUUCUUCCGCUUCUCCAAGCUCUUCAAGCUCUCCAAGCUCUUCAGAUUCAAGCUCUUCCGAUCCAAGCUCUUCCAACCUUUCAUCCUCUACUUCAAGCUCCUCCGAUCCAAGUUCUUCUGCUUCAAGCUCCUCCGAUCCAAGUUCUUCCACUUCAACCUCUUCCGAUCCAACAUCUGCUGCUUCAAGCUCUUCCAAUCCAACAUCUGCCGCUUCAAGCUCUUCUGAUCCAGCAUCCACGGCUUCAAACUCUUCCGACCCAGCGCCAGUUACUUCAAACUCUUCCGAUCCAGCGCCUGCUACCUCAAACUCUUCCGACCCAGCUCCAGCCACUUCAAGUUCUCAGCCUGAAGUCCCAAGCUAUUCCUUAUCUACAGAGUAUGUCACACUUACCACAUGGGUGAAUUCGUGUUAAGACCAAUCCAUGUCUCCUAGCUAAACCCCAGGAAUCACUUUAUAUAUUAUUAUAUAACAUGAAACUUUUAAUUCGAG